AGCAACUUGGUAACUUGAUGCUCACAUUCUUCUCAAUAAGCCAACCCCAUGAGGACCACAGUGCUUAGCAGAGCCAUAAGCCAAACACAAGCAACCCAAAUCCAUGCCUACUUAACUACAACUAACCAGCUCCAAAACCCUCUCCUUCACACCCAACUCAUCAACAUCUACGCUCGUUGUGAUCUCUUCUCUCAAGCUAUUCUUGUAUUCAAAUCCAUUAACGAACACUCAAACAUCAUCACAUGGACUUCGCUCAUAACUCAUUUGUCUCAUAACCAUCAACCUUUGCAUGCAAUCCAACUCUUGAUCAAAUUAUUUGGCUCUGAGUUCUCUCUUAGACCCAACCACUUCACUCUAUCCGCAGUCUUCCCGGCCUGCGCACAAACCGGGUCGGUCGCGCAUGGCGAGCAAGUGCACACGCUCGCGCGCAAGCUCGGUCUCGAGUGCGACGUCUUCGUCGCCAGCUCUUUGCUCGACAUGUACGCCAAGUGCGGCGACAUGGACUCGUCGCGGAAGGUGUUCGACGAAAUGCCUCUGAGAAACCUUGUUUCGUGGAACUCGUUAAUCGUGGGAUUCACGCGGAAUAAAAGCUGUGACAUGGCGAUGGAAACGUUCAAGGAGAUGCAUGCUGAGUGUUCCUCGGUUUGCUUUGGUGAAGUGAAUGUUUCCAGUGUUCUCAGUGCCUGCGCCGGUGGAGGGUUGAGUUUUGGCCGAGGAGUGCAUGGGAGUGUGGUUAAGGUUGGAAUGGAGAGCUUGGUGUACGUGAACAACUCGCUCAUUGAUAUGUAUGGUAAAUGUGGUUGCUUUCAGUAUGCAGUUGAGGUGUUUGAUAGAAUGCGUGAACGAGAUGUUGUGACUUGGAAUGUGCUGAUGAUGGGUUUAGUUCAUAGUGAUCGAAUGGAAGAGGCUUGCAAGUAUUUUUGGGCAAUGAGAAGAGAUGGCAUUGUCCCGGAUGAGGCUUCGUUCUCCGCUGCUUUGCAUGCUUGUGCAAACAUGGCAGCAUGGUGCUAUGGCGCUGCAGUUCACAACCAAAUAAUCAAAGCUGGGUUUGAGAGUAAUCAAUGUGUUGCAAGCUCUCUGAUCACAAUGUACGCCAAAUGUGGUUGCUUGAUUGACGCCCAUCGCGUGUUUGAGGAGUCCAGGGAGUAUGUGAAUGUGGUCUCUUGGACGGCAAUCAUUGCGGCAUUCCAGCAACACGGGCAAGGUGAUAUUGUCAUCAGGUUGUUUGAUGAAAUGCUUGAACGAGGGAUUAAGCCGGAUUACGUCACCUAUGUUUGUGUUCUAUCAGCUUGUAGCCACAAUGGACUGAUAGAACAAGGAUUCAAGUACUUCGAUUCAAUGUCCAGAGUUCAUGGGAUGGCACCAGGAAAUGAACAUUAUGCUUGUAUGGUGGAUAUGCUUGGCCGAGCAGGACGAUUAGAUGAAGCGAAGCAAUUCAUUGAUAGAAUGCCGGUAAAGCCAGAUGUGUCGGUUUGGGGUGCUUUACUUGGUGCUUGUAGGAACUGCAGGGACUUGGAGAUGGGGAGAGAAGUUGCGCAGAGGUUGUUUGAGAUUGAACCUGAUAAUCCUGGUAACUAUGUCUUGCUUGCAAACAUGUAUGCAUUACAUGGAAGGUCGGAGGAGGCCAAGGGCGUUCGGAGAUUGAUGAAGAUCAAAGGGGUGAGGAAGGAGACAGGAUGCAGCUGGAUUGAUAUUAAGAACAAGUCUAUUGUGUUCACUGCUCAUGAUCGAUCGCAUGACCAGACGAAAGAGAUUUACAAGAUGCUCGCAAAGUUGCAAGAACUUGUGAAGCAAAAGGGAUAUAUUGCUGAUACACGGUAUGCAGUUAAUGACGUGGGAGACAAAUACAAGGAGCAAGGAUUGUGGUACCACAGUGAGAGAUUGGCACUUGCUUUCGGGCUUAUAAGCUUGCCGGAGAAUGCACCAAUCAGGAUUAAAAAGAACCUGAGGACUUGCGGAGAUUGUCAUGCAGUUAUGAAGCUCGUUUCAGGGAUCGUCCAGCGAGAGAUUGUUUUGAGAGAUACCAACCGGUUUCAUCACUUCUUUGAUGGGUCCUGUUCUUGUAGAGAUUACUGGUGAUCAAAUGAAUCCUAGUCA